AUGCCAACUACGCGCUCCGCCCAGCGCGCCGAGGACGCAGUGCACGCGCAGUCUCUGGUCCGCUUCAACAGUACGCUCGAAGAGGUCACUCAAACGUCAUCGACGCGUUCGCGCACCACCAAACGGAAGGCGGACGGGUCUCCUGUCAAGGGCACGCCGAAAAGGAGCCGCGCCGGAAACGAGGACGCGGCUGCAUCUCCAAAGAGCAUACUGAAGCCUUCUCCUAGCCCCGGUCCAACCGCACAGCGCGCCAGCCUCGAGCCGGAGGGUGAACUCGUCCCGGCCGUGCUCACGUUCUCGUUCGAGGGCGCCAAGCGACAUCUUAUCUCCGUAGACGGGAGAUUCGCGGAUGUUUUUGCGAAGAUGAAAUGCCGCCCGUUCCAGAAUCUGGAGAGAGUCGAUCCUUUCAGGACGCUCACGCAGUCCAUAUUGGGACAACAGAUAUCUUGGAAGGCUGCGCGCUCCAUCACGUACAAGUUUAUACGGCUAUUCCAUAUGUCCUUGCCAGAGGCGCGACCUGAUGGACCCGAGUCAGUAUUCCAACAAUUCCCGUUCCCGACGGCUCAUCAAGUCGCCACGAUUGAUAUCCCCGCGUUGAGAAGUGCGGGGCUCAGCGGGCGAAAGGCCGAAUACGUGCAAGAUCUGGCGCAGCGUUUCGCGGAUGGGCGGCUGUCUACCAAGAAAUUACUGGAAGCGGACGACGAGGAGCUGGCGCGGAUGUUACUAGAAGUCCGCGGUAUUGGUCGGGUAUUGGACAUGUUUGCCAUGUUCUCGCUACGACGCCCCGAUAUUCUUCCUGUCGGGGACCUCGGCGUUCAGCGCGGGAUGCUUAGGUGGUUCCUAUCGCUGCACUCGCCAUCACACCGUUUCGCCAUCGCGGCCGAUAAGCUUCCCAAACCGCCUGGCGACGAGCAGCAGCAGCAGCAAGAUAGCGCACCCAAGGCGACACCGGGCUCCAAGCGAAAGAGGCCGAGAAAGCCGGCGGAGGGCGACGGCGACGCGACCGUUGAGCAGGCAGCGGCGAACGAAGAGUUGAGCGUACCGCGCGGGUCUUCCCCGGACGGUGAUGCGACCGAUCCCGCGCAGGAGCUGCGUUUGCCUGCCUUGCCUACGCCGUUCACGCCUUCCAUCGAGACGACCCUGAACGCUGGCGGGGGCGACGAGUUGCCCGGCGCCGGUAAGAAGACCAAGCCCGCGCCUCUCCCAGAGGGCUUGUCCGUCGCCGUGCUCAAGAGCAGGCUCGACGGCAAGAAGAAAGUAAAGGGCGCGUUCCUGACGCCUAAAGAGAUGGAAGACCUGACGGAAUCGUGGAAACCGUACCGUAGCCUCGGUGUGUAUUACAUGUGGGCGUUGGCAGAGGAGCCGUCGUCGGAAUGA